GAAACAAAAUCAAACUCCUCGACAAGACAACCAACUGGUCAAACACCUCACUCUGUGAAAGAAAAAGAACAUGAAAUUCUAAAAAUUGUUAAAGAUCUUUCACUCGGAUUUACAAGCUCUGGAGCCAAACUUCGGAAAUAUCCCUUUGGUAGAAAAAGGCGAAGAAAAGAUGAGACGGUCGAGGCUUAUCCUAACGGUUUUUGGCGUAGUUGUGGUGUUGCUGCUGGUUAGAAAUGCUCUAAGGCUAGAUAAAGCCAACAAUUCAGCUUCAGGCUUUGUCCAAAACGCCAUCUUCUCCAACAAGAUAGUUAUUUUCUCCAAAUCCUAUUGCCCGUAUUGUUUUCGUGCCAAGCGCAUUUUCAGUGAGCUAAAUGAGAAACCUUAUGUUGUAGAGCUUGAUCUUCGAGAUGAUGGAGGUCAAAUCCAGUAUGUCCUUCUGGAUUUGGUAGGUCGAAACACUGUGCCUCAAGUGUUUGUGAAUGGCAAGCAUAUUGGAGGCUCCGAUGAUCUCAAGGAUGCAGUCCAUAAUGGUACAUUGCAAAGGCUUCUAGCUGCAAGUUAAUGAACUGUUAGAAAGAUGGAAAUACAAUCAUUUGAUCUGACUCGUGAAUCGAUGAUGCUGCCUAAGGAUUAGAGAAUCGUUGCUGGGUUGUGAAUUAAGUAAGUUCACAGCAAGAUUUUAUUAGGUGCUCUGUGAUAAUGGCACAUCUUGUUGAUGUUAGUCUUAUUUCUCUUCAUCCUUAUGGAAGAUUAUGGUUUAGGUCUUAAAUUCAUUUUAGAUAUAGUUUUGAGGAGGGACAAUGACAAUGACUUGGUUUAGUUUUCACAUAAUCUAUACUUCUGCUUCUGGAUC